AUGAAUCUACCAGACGAUUCAUUAUUGUGUCCAAUAACGCUAGAAUUAUUUAGUGAUCCAGUCCUAGCAGAAGACGGUCAUACAUAUGAGAGGCAAGCCAUUAUAGAAUGGAUUAAAAGGAAUGGUACCAGUCCAAUCACUGUUAAACAUUUAUCACUUGAACGUUUGUAUCCCAAUUAUGCAAUCAAAAAGGCCGUUGAUCAUUUUGAAGCAUCAUCAAGGAAAAAAAACUAUCAAUAUACGCUUGAUAUUGAUGUGAAAAAGAAAUCGGGUCGACCACUUUUUCAAACAUAUGGCAAAACUAUUUAUCAUGCACUAUGGUUGCCAACGAAUGAUAAUCGUCCAGAAAUAAUACUAUUAAAAAUCGAUGGUGCUCGUGCAAAGAAAGAAGCAUCUUUUUAUGUGGAUCUCAGUCGUCAUCCACAUAUAGUUAGAACAUAUGGUCUUGUGUAUGAGCGUAAUGAUGAUGGUGAUAAUGAUGAUAACAAUGCUAUUAUGUUACUACAAGAAUAUGCACAUAUGGGCAGUCUCUAUGAAUUAUUGCAAGAACGGAAAAAAGUGCCAGAUGAAAAAAUUUUGAUAGAGAUAUUUUUACAAAUCGUUGAUGCGAUGAGUUUUCUAGCACAUAAUAAUGUUGUUCAUGGUGACUUAGCAUGUCGUAAUAUACUCGUAUUUCGUUUCGAUGAAAGUAAUCCCAGAAAUAUUAUUGUUAAAGUAACUGAUUUUGGUCUUAGUCGACAUAGUAAGUUGUAUUCAUUGAUGCCAGGUGCUGCAAAAACAACCUUAAAUAUCGUCCCGGUACGAUAUGCUGCACCGGAAAUACUUGCCAUUAAUAUCACACCAGAUGUAUAUACGGAGAAAUCUGAUAUUUAUUCGAUGGGUGUUCUAAUGUGGGAAGCUUAUUCUCGAGGUGCUCUACCUUGGUCGAAAAUUGAAAACGAUAAUGAGGUUAUUCGACGCGUCACCAAUGAUGAAUUACUUCAAAAGCCAUCUAACUGUAGUGAGCCAUAUUGGUCGAUUAUUUGUAAAACUUGGUCAAAAUUACCCAACGAUCGCCCAACAUUUAGCGAAUUAAAACAUCUAUUAUCAAAACAGUAUUACGAUGCGACACCUGAAGCUUCUAACAUAGGUAUGAAUUCAUUUCUAUUAAGAUUUAUUUUAAAAUCCUACAAAAAUUUGAAAAUAGUCCCCACUGCUUCCAGUUUUUUUUCUUCUUGA